AUGGUAAACGUCUUUGCGGUGCCAGGUACGUCGAGCUCCAUGCUUAACUCUAUCGCUCGUGACUGACCACCGCGCCAGUUUUCUUCAUCUGCUUCCGAGAGUGCCUGGAGUGCACAAUUAUCGUGUCCAUUCUAUUGGCGUUCUUGAAGCAGAGUAUCGGUGGGCCGGAUCGCGAUAAAGAUGUCUACAAGAAGCUCCUCAAGCAGAUCUGGCUCGGAGUGGGCCUUGGUGUGGCCAUUUGUCUGGUCAUUGGAGGAGCUUUCAUCGGUACCUUUUAUGGUCUCGGUAAAGACAUCUAUGGCAACAGCGAAGACAUCUGGGAAGGCGCCUUCUCCCUCAUCGCCUCCAUCAUCAUCACCCUGAUGGGUAUUGGCCUGCUCCGGGUGUCAAAGCUCCAGGACAAGUGGCGUGUGAAGAUCGCACAGGCUCUGGAGGGUCGUCAUACCGGGAAAGGGCUCGCACUGAGCGCUCGUUUCAGGAUCUGGGCCGAGAAGUAUGCCAUGUUUUGGCUUCCCUUUAUUACCGUCCUCCGUGAAGGCCUUGAAGCCGUGGUGUUCAUUGGCGGUGUUGGACUGGGCCUGCCAGCGACUUCUUUCCCGCUGGCCGUUAUCUGCGGUCUAUUGGCCGGAGUCGUGAUCGGUUAUCUCAUUUAUCGGUAAGUGAGGUCCUCCAGUUGAUCACCUGAUCUCUACUGACCAUGGUCGGCUGGCUAGUGGUGGAAACACGACAAAGCUGCAGAUCUUCUUGACCAUCUCGACGUGCUUCCUCUACCUGAUUUCUGCGGGACUCUUCUCCAAAGCUGUCUGGUACUUUCAGAACUACCACUGGACCCAGCUUACAGGAGGAGAUGCCUCCGAGACGGGGUCGGGUGCAGGCUCCUAUGAUAUCCGACAGAGUGUAUGGCACGUUAAUUGCUGCAACCCAGAGCUGAAUGGUGGUGGCGGCUGGGGUAUCUUCAAUUCCAUCUUAGGCUGGGAGAAUUCAGCGACGUACGGAUCGGUCAUCUCAUACAACCUGUACUGGCUGGUCGUCAUCAUCGCCUUUGCAGUCUUGGGCUUCUAUGAGAAGCGCGGUCACUGGCCGUUUAUGAAGGCGAAGCCCCAAACCCCCAGCGAUGAUGAGGAAGCAGCGGACAGCGACCAGACGAGCCGUGACGACGAAAAGAAGGGUGCGGUUGAGGUGAAUGCUGCCCGGGCUGAUUCUGGCGAAAUUGUAGCGUAG